AUGCUCAACAAACCCCAAAAUACUCUAAAUAAGGAGUAUGCUUGGCUAAAAAAAAAUGAAGAUUCAGUGUAUGAAACUCAAUCUACUUAUAAUAUUAUAACAGGUGUGCUGAAUAACUUUGAUGAUGUAAAAGUAAAUGAGAAAAAGAAGCCGGCACUAGGUCUUUCAAAUCCAUCUAAUUUACAGGAAAUAAUAAAUAUCCAAAGUAUUAUUAUUGGAUUAUUUGAAGAACGAGAUCGUAUGUUGAGUUAUAAAUGUGAUAUCUUGGGGUCUACUUCUUUGUCUCCAGAAUCUAAAAAAUUUAAGAUUUUAAAUGAAAUACAAACUAAAUUAUUGAACUUGAAAAAUGAAAUAGCAGAGUAUCAAGAAAUUCUAUCAAAUUUAAAGGUUAUUAAAAACAAUGAUGUACCAAAACUUGCAGCACCAGAUAUGAAUACACAACUUUGCAAAGAAGAUAUUAUUAAAGAAGAACAUAUCCAUGUUUCAUCUAAUGAAAUUACUGAAGAUGUUAAAAAGGAUCAAGAUCAAAAGUUAGACUGUGAUGAAAAUUUUGUGGAUGAAGAUUCUCAGUAUUCAGCUGAUACAACUACAAUUUAUUCAGAUGAAGAAAAAAUGCUAAUGAAUGGUAUAAAUAUAACAACAGCAACAUCGGUUAACCAAACCGAUGCAGCACCAAUAAUUAACGAUGUAAUUAUAGGAUCAAAUACUGUUGUCCAGUUAAAUUCGAACCAUGGAAAAAUGCCUGAAUACAAGAGCACAAUUACCAGUAAUAAUAAAAGAACUUUAAGGUUUAAAAACACUAUUAACUAUAAGAUACCAGAUGCAGACGAUCCAUUUGAUUAUGUAAUGGCUGCCUCCAAACCUUUAAAAUAUUCAACCAUAACCAGUGGUUCAAUUGAAAAAGAUGAACCAGAUGACUAUGAAAAAAAUUACUUGGCAACUCAAAAUAUGAAUAAUACUGAAGAUUCAGUACAUGAUAGUGAUCUCGAAUUCGUCGAUGGGAGCUACUAUAAUACCUCUCACGAUUUUGAUUACAAAGAAAGUGAACAUACAGUUGAUAACGAUGAUGAUGAAAUUAUUGAAGCAUCAGAUGCUGAUAUAAGUGUUCAUGAAAACAGUCAUCUGCCAAUCAUAAAAGAAAGUAUAAUCUUAUUAUCUCCGUCAAAGACUGCUUAUGAAGGCAACAUUUCUAAUGAAAAUGUGCCGAUAAUAAAUGUAUCUGAUGAAGAUUUGAAUCAAGAUUUAAUUAUUGAAGAUAGUAACCUAUCUGCAUUCUCUUAUAAUUUGAUAGAUCAGUUCUCAGAUGUAGAAAUGGUAGAGAGUGGAUCAGAGAAGAUCCAUAAUACGGGAGAUAGCGAGACCGAAGAAUUGCCUAUUUCCCAAAAGGAACUAGAUAGAGAAAUAUUUGAUUUGGAGAGAGAAAAUUUCUCUCAAAAGAACAACUUGAAACACAUAGAGGACGAAUUACAGGUGAUAUCUGAAACAUGUAUGAGCAAUGAGGUAACAACUACCAUGGUCGCUAAGGAACAUAGUAUCAACAUAGAAUCAAACAUUAACGAUAGGUCGGAUGCUGCAUUAUCUUUCCCAUGGAGUUCAGAAGUAUUAUUUCGAUUGAAAAAUAGCUUUAACCUGAAUAGUUUUAGACCUAAUCAAUUAGAAGCAAUAAAUUCCACUUUGAAUGGAAGAGAUGUGUUUGUAUUAAUGCCAACAGGUGGUGGCAAAUCUCUAUGCUACCAAUUACCUGCAAUAGUAAAAUCAGGGAAAACCUCAGGAACUACAAUAGUAAUAUCGCCUCUAAUAUCUUUAAUGCAUGACCAGGUUGAACACCUUUUGAAUAUAAAUAUUAAAGCUUCUAUGAUAAGUUCAAAAAGUCCAGCUGCUCAAAGGAAAAAGACUUUUAAUCUUUUUAUCAAUGGAUUGUUAGAUUUAGUAUAUAUUUCACCAGAAAUGAUGAGUGCUUCUCAACAAUGCAAACGAGCAAUUAAAAGAUUAUACGAAACAAAUAAGCUUGCUAGAAUAGUAGUUGAUGAAGCUCAUUGUGUCUCCAAUUGGGGUCACGACUUUAGACCAGAUUAUAAAGAAUUGAAGCUUUUUAAGAGAGAAUAUCCAACAAUACCGUUAAUUGCUCUUACAGCUACAGCUAAUGAACAAGUUCAACUGGAUAUUAUUAAUAAUUUAGGAGUUAGAAAUCCUUUAUUAUUAAAACAGAGUUUCAAUAGAACCAAUUUGGAUUAUAUUAUUCGUACUAAAUCAAAGAAUACUGUCAAUGAAAUCUGUAGCAGUCUGAAAACAGAUUUUAAAAACCAAUCCGGUAUUAUAUAUUGUAAUUCAAAAAUAUCCUGUGAACAGGUAGCUCAACAGAUAGCUAGCCAAAAAAUCAGAACGGCUUUUUAUCACGCUGGAAUGACACCAUCAGAAAGAUUAAAAAUACAAAAAGCCUGGCAAAAUAAUCAAGUUCAAGUUAUUUGUGCUACUGUAGCUUUUGGUAUGGGUAUAGAUAAACCCGAUGUUAGGUUCGUAAUUCACUUUACUAUUCCACGAACCCUUGAAGGCUAUUAUCAAGAAACUGGUAGAGCAGGUAGAGAUGGACUCCCAGCUCAAUGUAUAACUUAUUUUUCAUUCAAAGAUGUUAGAAGUCUACAGACAAUGAUCCAGAGAGAUAAAUCAUUGAACAAAGAAAAUAAACUAAAACAUUUAGAGAAAUUACAGCAAGUAGUCUCAUAUUGUGAUAAUGUUACGACAUGUCGACGCCAGCAAGUUUUAAAGUACUUCAAUGAAGAUAUUGAUCCAUCAGUUUGCCUUAAGCAAUGUGAUAAUUGUAGAAAUUCUGGUAAUUUUUCUAUUGAAGAAAGAGAUGUAACUAAUGAGGCAAAAAUGAUUAUUAACUUAAUUGGGACUUUGAAAGAUGAACGAGUAACAAGAAUUUAUUGCCAAGAUAUCUUUAAAGGAUCACGCUCUGCUAAAAUACUUCAAUCUGGUCAUAAUCUAAUUAAGGACCAUGCGGCAGGAAAACAUCUAUCAAAAUUAGAAAUUGAAAGGAUAUUUUCUCAGUUAGUUACAUUGAGACUUUUGGAAGAGUAUCCCAUUGUUAAUGCUAGUGGAUUUGCAUCUCAUUACAUUAAACUUGGGAUCGCUGCAAAAAAAUUCUUAAAAGAUAACACCACUCUUAAAAUGGAAUUUAUCAUAAACAAUUCUUCUUCAAGACCAAACUCAAAUAGAUCUUCGUCACGAACUCUAAUAACUACCAAUUUAAAUGUCACUGGUAUAGAAAGACAUCAAUCUGAUUUACAGGAGAAUAAUAUGAUAAAAAAGACGACAAUAAGCACAGAAUCAAAUUCUAUUCAAGAUCAACCCUACUUGAAUUCUGCAUACAAAAAAUUAAAGGAGCUUUCGCUCUCUUUAGGCCAACAUGUUAAUCCCCCUACAACUGAGUUUCUCUCGGAAGAUAUAUUGAAAAAACUGGCAAAGGAAUUACCUAAAGAUGAACCUUCAUUCAAAAUAUUAGUAAACAAUGAUCCAUCUUACAAUCAAAAGUUUAAAUACUUUAAAGAUACAAUAAUGGUUCUGCGAUCCAACUUUGGCUUAUUAAACAAAGCAAAAAAGACGAAUACAGUUACUUCUUCUUCAGCGUUGAUAAUUCCACACUCUCAUAAUUUUGAGUUGGAAUUCUCAGAGUCCUCAUUAAAUUCUGAAAUAAUUCGUCAAAUAAGAGAUACUCAAGAUGUUGAUUCCCAAACAAAUGAGGAGUCUCUGCUAAACAGCAAAGGUAAAAAGAAGAGAAAAUCAACAUUUAGCAAAGGUUCUAGGAAAUAUAAAUCCUACAAGAGAUUCAAAAAAAAAUAA